UUCGCGUCUCCCUCGCAACUCAAACCCAGCUCCCGGUAUAUAAACCACCUUGUCUUUUUAAAGGUUCUUUUGGCCUUUGCUCCAUCAUGAAUCCACCUUGUGGAAGAUGCACCAAACCUGUUUAUCCAACAGAAAAAAUUAACUGCCUUGAUAAGUACUGGCACAAAGGAUGUUUUAGCUGUGAGGUAUGCAAGAUGGCUCUGAGCAUGAACAACUACAAAGGCUUUGAGAAGAAACCCUACUGCACUAUGCAUUAUCCUAAAACUUCCUUCACUAUCGUGACAGACACCCCAGAAAAUCUACGUCUGAAGCAGCAGACCAUGCUCAAUAGCCAGGCGCUCUAUAAGGGAGAGUUUGAGAAGAGCAAGGGGAAAGGUUUCAGCGUGGUGACCGACACUCCUGAGAUGCAGAGACUGAAAAAGACACAGGAUCAGAUCAGUCACGCUCUGUACAAGGAGGACUUUGAAAAGAACAAGGGCAAAGGGUUCAGUGUGGUGGUCGACACCCCUGAGAUGCAGAGACUGAAGAAGACUCAGGAUCAGAUCAGUAAUAUUAAAUACCAUGAGGAUUUUGAGAAGAGCAAGAUUCGGAGCGAUGCCCCUCCUCCUGAAAACAGACAGAUUGAUGAGGAUUCUUCAAACCCAGCAAGAUACCAACAGGGACCAGCCUGCCCCGCUGCAACUGCGCCAUCUAGUGGGGGUAGGCGCUUCCAAGCGGUGUACAGCUACGCAGCAGCCGAGGCAGAUGAAGUGUCACUGCAGGAGGGUGAUCUGAUCUUAGACGUGGAGCCCAUCGAUAAAGGAUGGAUGUUCGGAGUCAACCAGCGGACGGGCCAGCGCGGGAUGCUCCCUGCUAACUACGUCCGACCCGUAUGAGCCCAUUUGCUCCCACUUACAAGGAUUUCACGGGAAUGACUGAUCAGUCAAAUAAACG